CGCAUAAUGGCGGAACUAUGACAUCAACAUUUGUCUGAGCCCUAACAUUUUCAAUAUGCCACUUUUGGACAAAUGCGGACAACAAUGUACAGGAAAGAAAGCGAAGUAUCAGUGAAAAUGGUAUAGCCAUGUUUUGUUGGGGUAGAUGCUCCGAAGGCCAGCUUGGGUUGGGAGAGAUUGAGGACGAAAAUAUCCUGUCUCCAAGGAAUCUUCAAAGCACUUUCGGAACUGAGUCCGAAAUUAAAGACAUUGUGUGUGGCUGGGAGCAUACAGCGGUCUUGAAAAAGGACGGUGUUGUUUAUACGUGUGGAAGUAAUGAAAAUGGACAACUUGGGCAUAAUAAAGAUGGAAAAAAGUUCGGUGGGUAAAUCAGUCUAUUGAUCAUCACUAGUUGACGUCGAUCGCUUUGGUGUUGCUGUUUACAUGUUUACUCCAAAGCUAGUUUAUUAUUUUUAAUUGAUAUGCCGAGUGAAAUCGCAUAUUCUAGUUAAAUGUCUAUCAUAGCUAUUUUCACCUUUUGUAGCAAACUUUUUGUUUCGAUUGAAUUUUGAUUGAGCUAAAAGGGAUGUUAACAAUUAAGACAGAUUACGUUAUGGGAAUAGUUGAGCCUUUCACUCCCAAGAUUAACAAAAGCGAUUUCCCCUUUACAGUAUCAAAGCAUUUUCAAGAAAGCAGUUGAUGACAAGAAUGUAAACUAUCAACUAGAGAAUAUAUUGUGGUUUAACACCAAAUUCUUAGAGCCAAAAUUAUAGGAAAUGUAUCACAGAUGGUGUGGAGAACUUACUGUUAGAUCUUGAGUGUCAAUGGGUCACAAAAGCACAGUCAUGUCUAUAUGAUAAGCUGUAUUAUGUCUGCUUUUUGCUUGAUUGGUUCUUACUUCUGAUCUAUUGAGGGACAGAGAUGUAGAUGACAUCACCAUCAAUAAUGUUUUGCUUCUUGGAUCACCACUAAAGGGGUCAAAAUGUGGUAAGAACAUGUGUGAGGCUCCUGUGUCACUUUUGUGUUCUUAACACAUUCUGAUGUCAGUUGUGAUCUAGUAUUGAACAGACACACAGUAACAUGGAAUCUAUUUGUUGAAUAUACAGUCCUACAAAAAGAUCAACAUAACAAAUGUUAAAAACUAGUUCCUUGUCAUCUCAAGAAGCACAAUAUGUUAUGUGACACAUGGAUAAAAAAAUUAAUGUAAUUGGAGAAAGAUGUUUUUUGUCUUGUCAUGAGUGUGGGACAAAGAUAAAAUUCUGAGUCCCAAUGAGGAAUCAAACCUCAGACCUAUGGAUUCUGUGCUUCGAUACACCACCACUGAGCCACAGAGACUCUAUGGUGAGCAAGGUCUACUAGGGAGUUCAUAUGACAUGUGUUCUGCAUGCUGCAAGGAUCAGCGAUGUCAGUAGUGUCAUGUCUGUAAAUAGAAUAAGAAAGAUGGUAAGUUUUGAUUUCGGUAAAGAAAUAGAGAAAGAUGUUUUUCUUCUUGUCACGAGUAUGGGACAAAGGAAAAAUACUUAUUUUAAUUUUUUAUAGCUGCUGCCUUGUUUCUUCUGUUAAAAUCUAUAGUCCACAAUUCAAACAUAUUUUGUAUGAUUUUGGUAUCUUACCUUUAAUGCUGGUAUAUAUGUGGUGACUAUUUUGCAGCUCGUGUAGAUGCACUUGAAACACGCACAGUCAAGCAAGUGGUUUGUGGACAAAUGCACACCCUGGCUGUCACAGAUAGUGGACUUGUGCUUGCAUGGGGUGACAACACUAAGGGACAACUGGGUCUAGGAAACACAGAGAACAAUGUCCAAAGCCAUCCAAAGUUAGUUAUUAUUAUUUUUAAUGCCCAUUAUAAUGCUUCAGGGUAUACCAUGAACAUAAUCCACAACUGAUUUCAUUGAGGAACAAUGGACAGAGUAAGUCAGAACAAAGCGGGAUAUGAAAGGAAAUAGAAGUCAGCCCUCUGGAUUCCCUAGUCAACCCAUUUUGUUUUGUCUUCUGUGCCUUGUGGAGGCAAGUCGUCAAGUCAAACUCUUAGUUGCAUUGUGGGCCACGUGGCCUCAAGACGUACCCCCCCUCCUCCCUAAUUUCUCCUACAGGAUGACCUGAUUCUGCAUUCUGUUCAUAUGCUAACACCCCCCCCUCCCCCAAUUAUUAGUCAUAUGCUAAUACCCUCCCCCAUCCUAAAUUAUUAGUCAUAUGCUAACACCCCCCUCCCCCGUCCUAAAUUAUUAGUGGGAACUUGCUAUUAAAACAUUGUGGGUGUUGAGUAUUUUUUGUGAUAUAGAUACAAUAUACAUUUUCUAUGAUUUUUCAAUGUAUUUUCUUAAAAGUCAUGAUAAAUUAUGAUAUCAUAACAAUUUUAGGUGUGUAGUUCUUAAGAUGUGUGAAGCAUGCUGUGUGUCCUCUCAGUCUCGUUAUAAAUUUUGGGUGAUUAAGUCUGUACCAGAAGCCAAGUUGUCCAUCCGGCCAGGGCUUAUGCUGGUUUUCUUAACCCUUUCACUCCCAAGAUCUAAUUAGUAAUUCUCCUUACUAUCUGCCAUACAAUUCAUAACGAUAUCAUAACAAUUGUACUGGUGUGUAGUUCUUAAGAUGUGUGAAGCAUGCUGUAUGUCCUCACAGUCUGGUUAUAAAUUUUGGGUGAUUAAGUCUGUACCAGAAGCCAAGUUGUCCAUCCGGCCAGGGCUUAUGCUGGUUUUCUCAACCCUUUCACUCCCAAGAUCUAAUUAGUAAUUCUCCUUACUAUCUGCCAUACAAUUCUCAUGAUGUUAGUUCAGAGAAUUUGGUAUUGGAUCAACUAAUAAUCUCAUGAUUGAUAUUCUUCUCGAUUCUCAUCACCUGCCUGCUUGAUAUUGUAUUGAUAUUGUAAGGAGAAAUUCUGCCUUCGUCACUUGUGGGAGUGAAAGGGUUAAUAUGCAUGAAGUGACUAGGAGUAUGACUAUUCCCCCUAUUCCUGAAUGGAUGGCUGGUCCAUCACAAGAUUACAACCCAGCAUUUGAUCAGGCUUCCCUGACAAUUUCACUGGUACCCAUUUAUGCUCCUUGGUGGAGAGUGGCACUGUGAGAGGAUAGUUUUUUUGUUCAAGAAUGCAACACAUUGACCUGGCCAUGUCACAAAUAUGGACCCCGUGCCUGGAGUCCAGUUGUCAGUCUCAAUAUUCUUGACAACUGUAACACACCUGUGCAGAGUUUAUUCUUUAGCAUUGCUUGAUUUAAACUUGUUCAUGGUCUUUUACUUGUUUAGAAUUGUUAGAAGUCUCCAGUCUGAUGGUGUGAUGGUAUCACAAGUUGCUUGUGGAGCAAGGCAUUCUUUAGCACUCAGUACAGGUAAACACUAAAUUCAAAGCUGUCCUCACAUGGUUUCUUUUUGUCAGUGUUAACAAAAUGAUAUUAGUCAUAAAAGAAAAUAACAGUGCACCAUAAGCUCAAUUUUUGCCAACAAUUCUCCAUUUUUGUUUUAACUUUAAGAUAGAAGUUUUAGACAUACCAAUCCUAAAACAUCCUUUGUUUUUAAUUAAUUUGGAACAACUUUUUUUAACUUCAUAUUGAUUAAUGCUUUUUUACAUGAAAAUGUGUAUUUUAGAAACUGAGUUUUUUGGUGGAGUCACUAUCAUAGAUUUUGAGUUCAAGUACAAGUGUGGGUACACAUUGAGUGCAAGUCAUGUUAUUAGUGGGUCAGAACCACUGUUCUUCCACAAUUGUUGCAAAAUGUAUUUUCCAUAGUGAUUUGAUAUGUUGUGUAUGAUUCUAGUCCUAAGAAUUCAAUGUUAAAUCAAGUACAGUGUUGCUAUGAUAUUCCCUCAUUGUUAUUAUUCUUUCCUCUCACAACCUUUCUGCUUGAACAUAUAUGAAUAUUGUAAGGAAAAAAAUCCAUGUCAGUGACUCUUGGGUGUGAAAUGAUUAAAUAAUUGUUCUUUUGUUAUGUAGGCGGAUUCUUGUUUUCUUGGGGUGAUAACAAACAUGGACAGCUAGGAAUUGGUAAUUCAAGUCCAGUGCACAAUGUACCUGAACAUGUGUCUUCUUUGUGUGGGGUUCCCUUUGCUUUGAUCUGUGCUGGUGGAUAUCACAGCUUUGCCUUGUCACUCUCUGGAGCACUCUUUAGCUGGGGGAGAAACAAGUCAGUAAAGUUCCACAAUUUUUCCCCUUAUUGAUGAUCAAGGGAAACUUGUUUAUAACAUGCCCAUUUUUUCUCUUUUUAGCUUUGGCCAACUGGGAAUAAAUGACAACAAAGGUGUGUGUAGUUCUCCAUUUUGCCCUGCUAUCUCUCAUUCAUUUUGAUGUUAACUAUUUAUGCCCUAAAAUCAGUAUGCAUAUUCUCCACUCUGUUCUCUAUACAUUUCCUAACAUGCUGACAAAGAGAAUUUGUUUAACAGUCAAGGACUCCUUUAGCUGGCGAUCACUUCCUUUAUUCUUGUGCCCUUCAAGUUUGAUUCAAGGGUGAUAUUGUAGUGAGAAAUUUGAUGCUAGUCAGUGUUAGGAGUAAAAGGGUUAAAUCUUACAAUUGAUACAAUGUGCUCAUUGGUUAAAAAAUGUUCACCAUUGAAUGCAAUUAAAAAUGAUUUAGAUACUACAUUACAGUAUUAAGUAAAAGUUGUUUGAUACUCAAAGGCCAUAUAUUUAUUACGAAAUUAGAAAACUAUUUUAAAAAAGUAAAACGAUCAAGCAAUUUAGGCUUGCAAUUUAUUUUAAAACUUGGCAAACUUCCUUUUAGAUCAUUCUAUGCCUGUACUUGUGAAGUCCUUAAGAUCACAGAGGGUGCGCUAUGUCACAGCAGGAGAGUAUCAUACAGCUGCCUUGACUGAGGUAGAGUGUAUAAGCUAAUUCUUUGGUUGGCUUCUUUGAAGCUAAGGCAACAUGUGCUCAUGUAGUGCUAUCACAGGGGAUCCCUGUGACCCUCUGUUAACUGUGUGGAACCCUUUGUGGAUCUUGUGGUCCAGGUUUAACCCUUAACACCCUAAGGUCAGUAUGCAUAUUCUCCAUAUUGUUCUCAGUACAUUUUUUAAGGUUCUGAGAAGGAGAAUUUGUCUAACAAUCAAGAAUUUCCUCAGAUAGUGAUCAUUUCUUUUAUUCUUGUAACCUUUCUGUGUGAUUCAAGGGUGAUAUUGUAAGGAUUGUAUGGAGGAAUUAGAUGAUAGUUACCCUUAGGGGUUGAAGGUUUAAGCUAUGGAAUAUCCUACUGCAUUCUAAGGGCUGUGCUCAAGUAGAUCCUGGGUGCCACUGGUGACUAAUUUUAACCCUUUAAUUUGUUUAUAACUUUAAUAUAACUUUGAGAGUUGUGUAUCCGUUUCUUGAAAGGCUUGGUAACUUAACAGACUGAAGCCAGUUUUUAAAAUCAAAAUGUAAAGAAUAGAGAAGCAGGUUCUGGCAUCUUAAUUUGUUCCUUUAGCUAAUACUGUUAUUACAAAAUUUUCAAAACUUUUGAAACCCCCAUUUUGAAUGAAAACAGAACAGCUUUGUGGACCCAUUUAAGUUACCAGGACCUUUAAGAAGCAAUUAAGCAAUUAAGAUUUGUGAGACUGAUAUCUCCAGGCAUCUGGUGGUUCCUAGAGUAUAACUUUGAGUGGGUAUUUCACAGUGCCCAUCUCCACCCAGGAGAGAGAGGAGUUUUUAAACUAUUUAGUGAAAAGUAAGUGCUGACAGACUAUCAGGGAAACCUGAAGUAAAGCUCAUUGGCUACCCUCAUCAAAUAUUGGAUUGGGUUACUAUCCGACAGGAGAAGAAAUUCUUCUCACUGAGUGAAGCCUAAGAACUUAACUAGGAACCAGCAAAAUACAUGUAGACCUUAUCAGAGGGGAGCCAUAGUAGAACUUAAAUACUAAAUUUUUUAAAAUUAUUUGUUGCAGUAGAAUUGCACUGUAGUCUUAUGAUUAUGUGUUUGACAUGAUUUUUAAACAGUUGAUAUUUUAUAGCUCUGUGUAAUAUGAUUUCUUAUACAUUGCAGGAUGGAGGGGUGUUUACAUUUGGUUGGGGCAAUUUUGGUCAACUUGGACAUAACUCUAAUAGUGAUGAAUGUAAUCCUAAAAAGGUACUUGAACUUUUUACUGAAAAAAUAUUUCUUAAAAGAUAGGUGUAGUCUCUGCAAGCCUGAAAGCAGAUGAUCACUAAAAAUGGUUUUCACUUCCUGAGAUAGAGAGGUGAUGGAAGAUGAGGCAGGCAUUUGAACUUCAUCUCUGAAAGAGCCUUCUGCAUGAUCAUACACACAUGUAACUGAUUAUGUUAGAGCUACUCUUGAACUUCAUUAUUGGCAUUCAAUUGUGAUGUAAAACAAAACAGCUAAAUCAUGGCAAAAUUAAUUCCAUUCUGAAUAAUUUAUUUGCAAAAAUGAGUUAAGGACCACGUGCUACAAAUCUCAGUGGUAUUUGAAAUUUCAGUGUUGAUUGUGUAUAGUCCUUAAUGUUUUUAUUGGUAGAAGAAAAAAGAUGUUUUUUCAGUUGAGAGUGACUUGCAUGUAUCAAAAAUUCAGUUAAAUGGCAGCAGGAGGAAAUGCAGAGCAAUCAAGAGUAAUUUUAAGUUGUACUCAUAACAUAUACUUUUAUUAGGUGUUUGAACUGAUGGGACAAGUGGUGACACAAGUUGCCUGUGGAAGGUAUGAUUAUUUGUUACAUUGGAGUAACUUUUGAUAAUUUAUUUUCAAUUGAUAGUUUAUGCUCAGAAAAUGAUUUCAUUCUUGGAAGGAAGUUUUAAAUCAUUUUCUUGUUUCUUAGAGUGACAUAAAAUUUACUUUGAUGCAGGUUUCACACGCUGGCUUAUGUUGCAUCAUCAGGAAAGCUGUUCUCAUUUGGUUCUGGAGAGAAUGGCCAACUGGGCAAUAACAAAGUCACGAAUAUCAAUAGCCCUGUUGCUGUUCACAACAGUUGGGUGAAAGUUAAACCUGAGAAUCACUAUGUUGUCCAUAGAAUAGCUGCAGGUGGUGACCACUGCCAUAUUCUUGUAUCAAAAAAGGUAAGUGGCUACAUGCAUAAUACAGGUAACUUUCUGCAAGUGGUACUUUGGGUGUGGUUCAACAAAGGUCAGUCACAGUGUACUUUGCAAUUGGUUCAUGGUUAGCAAGAGAACAAGAGAAGUGUAAGAGUUGCUAGAGGCAAAGUGAAGCGAGCUUAUUGAGUGCAGAGCUUGAAUUAUUAUUCAAUUCAUACUGUCAUGUAUAUUUUACUUUUAAUUAACAUUUUUUGUUCAGAAUCAGGAUGACUGCAGUCCUUGUGAUUUCCGGGUUCAAGACCGAUCUAAACACCUGUGGACAUUUACAGAGUCUAGUGUACUGGAAUUGGUUCAACAGUUGUCACUUCCCAAUCCUUCAACCGAGAUUUUUCAGUGAGUCAUUAUGAACUAUAGGCCCUGGUUGUUCAAUAACACUAUCCACUGGAAAAAAAUGCUUUCUGGUGGAUAGGGUAGUAAUAACUAGAUCCCUCACUCCUUCCAACCUUUUGAUUACUUCAAUCAAAUUCGAUUUCCCUUAGAUUUAUGUUGUAAACUGUACAUUUACAAUAAAUUCUUCCUUAACAACUGAAAUCCUUGAUAACUUGAACCUCUCUUGAGCUUCAAAGAAAUUAUAAUUUCCCUUCCACUUCAGACCAUUUUCUCCUCAGAAUUUUUUCCUCAAAGAAACAGUUUAUUGUAGUCUGAAGCCAUGGCCAUUAUUACUUUAAAAAAUGUGAAUUGCUUGAACUCUGUUGAAAGAUUUAUUUUCUUUGAAACCUGCAAAGGUUACAUUACCUGAACCUUCCUUGCUGUUUUGCUUUGUUUUGUUUCAUGUUGUGCUGUGUUGUGAUUUAUAACUAUGGUAAUUUAGAAACCUGAUGUUCCACACCUAAAUAUAUCAAAUGACUUCUCUUUACUCUCCGACUUAUAACAUUUGAAUAGAUCCUUGACGUACUGUUUUCUACCCAAGACAUACAGUAUAAAGUAGAUUGUAUGUCUGGAGUGCAAAACAGUUAUCUCAAUUCUUCCUUAUUUCCAGUCAUUUAUUUUCAACUCUGGAUAACUGAGUCCUUUUUCAAUUUGCUUUGAAGGUUUGAGUUUGGUGACUAAAUGAAAUGAUUUAGGAAUUUGAUUUUAUGGAAUAAAAAUCCCUUUUUGCUAAAUUGGGAAAGAAAGGAAGGAAGUAGUAGCCAUGAAAUACUGUGUGGGGUUGUUUCCUUACUUGAGAUAUUGCUUAGUAAUAACUAUGAACUGUUUCCUUCUUUUCAUAACAGUAAAUUAGAGACAACUUUCUCAUCCUAUUCAUGUUUGAAUGGAUCAUUUUUGGAUAGGUAAGGCACCUAAAUCCGUUUACAUUUCCUUUAAUUUGUGAGUUUUUUUGUAGUUUAUAUGACACAAUAAGUAUUUAGAUCAGUGCCCAAGCUUGUAGGGUUGAAAGUAGUUUAUGAAGGCAUCACAAUGUUUUUAAUCAUUCAUCAGUUUGCCAGUUGGUGAAUGUGAAACAUGAUGGUGAAAAUUUCAUUCACUGUCUCUUCCAUAAAUACAUGUACAGUGCACUCUUGUGCAAUUAUUUGUAUGUUAUAAUUAUGCCUUUUAUCCACUUAGUCAACAAGUGAAUGAAUCAAUCCUGUACAUGAAGUAGCUUUAAUGAGAGAUUAAUUUUUACAAUAUAAUAUAAUUCCUAAAUAUCUUUCAUGUGCACCAAUAAUUUUCGUCCCAAAUGUGUGAGAAAUAUGCACACUGGUCUGUGGCACACACUUGUUGGUUAGUCCAUUUAUCCAGAAUCAGUGUGUUAAUAUCAUGAUGUAUCUACUUUUCCAUGAUGAAAACAAAAUUUAUACAGUUUAUGAAGACUACUUCAUAAAGUAACUUAAAAAUUUAUAGAAACUCUGCUGACCUUAAUCAGAGUGCAAAAUGCAUAAUACAUAGAACUUUGUAUUUUUCUUUCUGUAUUUUCAGACAAAACCAUGAACAAACAAGCUCUAAAAUCCAUGGCAUUCAUCUACAAUCUGCAAGACGCUCCUUUGAUCUGCUCAAUGGAAUGAAGCACAAGGCAAUUGUUACAAAGGUAAAUUUGUGUAACUUUAAGGAUACCAUUAUCAUUUUUCCAUGCUUGGAGUAGUCAUGGUUUUAGAGGGAAGCCUCAGAGAAUGACCAACUUAAAGUAGCUUAAACAGUAUUUCUGAUAAAUUGAGUGUGCUGUCAUUGGUGUAUUUUGGUCCUCAUUAUUAAUCUGAGUACUAAAUGUUGUUCCCAAAACACACAAAUAGCAGCAGACCAAGGUGCUCUUAAUAUCAACAUGUAAACUUUCAACCUCAUUGCCUAAUGAAGACUGGCAGUAUAGCAGGCAAAAGGUCACGAUCAAUACAAUUGAUGGCUUGACUGCAUUGUGAGACAUAUAAUUAACCCCUAAACUCCCAAGAUCUGAUUGAUAAUUCUCCCCUCUAGCUGCUACACAUAUCUUUGUGAAUUAGGAAUGAGAAUUUGGUGUUGGAUCAAGACAACAACCUCCACUUGAUAAGUUUGAAUAUUCUCUUUAGCUGUUUAUGGGAUAAUGUAAGGAUAUUAUUGGGAGAAGUUUCAUUUUGAUCACUUCUGGGGUUUAAGGGUUAAAUGUUUAUGGUAGAUUAGAUGUCUCCACAAAACCCUGAUGAACAGCAACAUUUUCUAUAACAUUGUUGUUUUGUUGUUCCACAGUUGUUUGCUGCCUUUACCCAUGGUGUCAUUCACUCCCUCCUUCAACCACCUCCAGACAUUGAAGCCCUCAGAGUCUAUUUACUUCUUCCAGAAUGUUCUGUUUAUCAAAAUGGUGAACAGUUUGAAAAUAUUGUCAUUCCAUUCAGUGAAGCCAUCUUACGAUUAUCAACAGAUGCCAGAAAAGUGUUAAGUAAGUUUGCCAGACAUGAAAAUGUUUGAAAAUCAUGUCAGUGGGUAAACCUACGUAACUGUAUGUCAUGGUUCUAACUUCAGUCUCUUUUGGAGCCAAUUCAAAUUGAUUGUUUUUUGUCCGUGAUUAAAGAGGUAGAUUGGAAACAAAGAAAAUUCAGAAUUAAACUAGUGAGAACAAUUGUUGUUGGAAUGGAUACAGGUUAUUGUCUCUAUCUGGUUUACUGACCUUAGGUGCUUGUUCUACAUAUGAAUGGAAUCUGUUGAUUUAGUCUGGUUAUUAUGAAGGACUAUGUCAAGUUACAGUCUUACCUCUACUCUGAAAUAUGCUUAACAUGUUUUGCCAUUAAAUUGUUUUCUUUGAUUUUUUCAGUGAGAUGGUGGUCUUCUUUACCAUCCACCUUUUUCUCUCGUACAAUGAAGGUCUGUCUUUUUAACUUCAUUUUGGAUGAUUAGUUGGCACAGUAUCACUUUAGUCAUUAAACUCACUCCUUUAUUAAUGUUUUUUUUCCUUUGUUUCUGAAUGCUUGUAAAGACCAGCUGGUAUUGGUCAUUUAAUUUUGAAAACUUGUCAAUGCAUUUUUUUGUUUUGUGAUGCUAACAGUCACAUUUUGCUGUUGUGUAGAUGUUUCAAGAUUGUGUAAAGUACUUAUUACACUUUCCUCCUCCAAAGUUUAUAACUGAAGAGGUAAGUUAAACUAUUUGCCUUUUGACGGGUAAUUGUUCUUAAGCAUAGAGUGACAGCACUGAAAUACUACACGGCUACAAACUAUAUGUAAACUUGUUCUUAUAAGUAACUUGCUGGGAAAGAUUUUUUUCGUCUUGUCACGAGCGUGGGACAAAGAAAAAAUUCCGAGUCUCCCUGAGAAAUCUGAAAUUCUGUUGGGUGUAAGAGGGGGAGAGAAAAAAAGCUUAGUGCUGCUGGAGUGAAAAACCGUUUAGUAUUACAAGCAAUAAAACAACCAGUCAAAUUUCAUCAAUUUUAGAACUCUCUUCACCUCUGUUGAAUUAAGGCAGCAGUGUCGUGAUGUCACUUUUGGCGUGGAAAGCGAAAUAUUUUUGUUCAAAAAUUAUGCGAACGAAAAUGCAUAUAAAUCCCUUUCGAUUUAAAGAGCUGAGAGCUCUGAGUAUUGGGCACCAGCAAUAUUUAGACAUCGUUGGUCAGUUUCAAAUGUUUAGAAAGUCAUAUAUAUGUGUAUGAAGAAGCUGCGACUAUCAGAAUUCAUAACACAAACAGAAGUGUCAUCAUCUUGACGAUGAAUUGUUUUCAGGCCGUUAGACGUCAAGCAGCUUUGGCUACAUGUUUAAAUGUUUUAGAACAGCUUAACACGGUGAGUUAACGAUAUACUUUUUUGUCUUUACAUUGUAGGAAAAAUUGAAUAUUAUCCCUCAUGUGCCAUAGCUUAGAAAAGAUUUUUAUUUCAGGGGCUCUUUAUGCUAAUUCCCUCAUCACAGUGAUUGAAUCAUUUUCCUGUUCUCAGGAACGACAACGUAAAACUUUGGUAGUAGAGAGCUCAAUGUAGAGAAGGGAGAGGUUUGUUUCAUCACGACAAGGGUUAAGGCUCUGGAGGCAGCUGAAUUUCAUGGUUUUUUUUCGCAUAACGCUGAAAUAGUAUCUGCAUAGUAUCACUGGUCCAGUAGUUAAGGCAUUCAGAUUUAAUUUUGGAAAUAAAGUCUAUCUCAAAAGCUUAUAAUGGAGUGAGUGAAGAAAAUGAGAUUUCUGAUUGCUUUUUUUGCUACUUGAUCUCUAGGUUAAUACAGAAUCUGGUGACAUUGUACCAUUUAAACAGUUUUAUAUUCCUGAGAUACAGGCAACAAUUGACAUUAGAGCUGACUUCUUCAACUGGAUUCAAAAUCAGGUAAGACUUGAAAAUAUACCUUUUUUGUGAAAAAGGGGUUUAUCAGAUGAUAAUCUAUUGUGAUAAAAUCGUGUAAAUGCCUCUGAUUUUGAUUGCGACGUUUUGACUGCGAUAUUCUUGACUUCUUCAGACGAUAAGAUCGACUGGUUAUGAAGCGUUAGAGUGUUUUUCGAUUGAGUGUCGUAAAAAUAAAAUAAGUGAUCGCCAUGGGCAAACAGAAAGGAAGCAAAUACCCUGAAGAGUUAAUUAGAACACACAGCAAAACAAGCAAACCACCUAAAGUGCGGGAAAACGCAGGCGACUAAGUCGUGAUUGGUGGUAAUUAAUCAUCUGAUUGGUUGACUGGGUGGCACAAGCUUUCUAGACCAAUAAUAGAACAAGUAUAGCAAAACUGUAGCAAUCGCGGAUUAUUUUCGAUAAUUAAUUGAAAAUUGCUCAAUGCUUCGCUGUGAUUAAUUAGUUUUCAUGGCCAGUCACUAUAAACACUCUAGCGAUAUCGCUAACAACCGGAGGCCCUUCAUAUUCCAAGAAUUAUUCCAUAAAAGUCCAUUCACUCUACAUAACGCUAAAACAUCUGUGUAGUAUCUUUCAUAAUCUUCACUUUUUUCAAUUGUUUUGGGCAAAGUGCAAGCGAAAUAUUUGAUCCCAUCUUUACUGGAUAAACCAGCACAUGCAGCUCUCAUUGCUCAACACACACACACACACACUAAAAAUGAAACAACAUUCUUCACCUCCUUUUACUUUUGUUUAGAUUGUGACUAACCGUCAAGAAUUUUGGCGCCACCUUAAUCAUGGGGUAGGCCUUGAUUUUCCAAAGCUUAAAAUCCAAGUUUGCUUAACGCUUUAAAGGGGAGAAGUGUGCCCCAGAAACCAUAUGAUUUCUGUCUCUUUCCUUAAAAGGUUGUUUUAAAAUCUGCUAUUUACCGCGUUCUGAUGUUCCAAAUGGUGACCGACCUUUCGAAAAUCAUCUUCGAAUGAGAUGAAAGUUCGUCGUGGACGUCGCUAUUUUGAACACAACGCCUUAACUUGGCCGCACGGCCAAAAACACAAAGCGAGGCUUACAAACCGCAGCAGCUCAAAUGAACAUUUGAGUUAAGAGUCCCUUUUGUGUGGUUCCUAAUUAUUCAAAGAGAUGCCCCCUUUUAAUUAUUAGGAACUACGCAAAAGAGACUCUUAACUCAAUGUUCAUCUGAGAAACAGCGGGUUGUAGGCCUCGCUUUGUGUCUUAGGGCGUGUGGCCAAGUUACGGCUUUGUGUUCAAAAUAGCGAUAUCUACGGCGGACGUUUAACGCAUUCGAAGAUGAUUUUCGAGAGGCUGGUGACCAUUUGACUAUGAGCAGUGAGACUGUACUUCACAAGUAAGGACGAACGUAGCUAAGAUGGCGGCGUCUGUAGCUGAAGUUUUAGCACAUUUAUAGAUGAUAUUCCACAGGGUACGUUACCCUCUGGAAUGUUAAAAACUUGAUCAGCGACAUGAUUUCAAAUAUUUUUUUUGAUGGUGCAGUUAACAAUUAAAUGUUUUCCUGAAGCUAAUUCUCUUUUAACGUCGUUCCACCUGGUAGCUUUAGGUUCAGUACGCCUAUUUUAAUUGUAAAUUUUCGUCUCGCAAUCAAGAUAACGAUCUUGCUAUAAGAGAACGAGUGUCAUUUGAAAGUUUGAAUUAAUAGUAUGUAGGUAGGAAUGACUGAUUCUCUAUCACUGUUUCUUUUUAAGCAAACCUUUUCCUUCUGUCGGUAUCCAUUUGUUUUUGAUGCGGAAGCUAAGACCACGCUGCUUCAAACAGAUGCUGUUAUGCAGAUGCAGGUAUGUCAAAAAACUAACUAUAAGAAGUUUAGACUUUAGAAUACAAUAAACGUGCCUUUCAUCCAGACUUGAUCUCUCACGUGAAUUCAGGAUAUUUUCAAGGGAUCAGGAACGUUUUAUUUCCAAUUCAUCCCAUCCUGUCCAAUUCCAUUCCAGGGUGAUUGUGUAUUUGUAUGGAUACUUAUUUGUUACUCCCCCAAUGGGGCUUUUAAGGUCCAAUAUAAAUGAAUGAUUAAAUGAAUAAACGAACGAAUGAAUGAAUAAACAUAGUGUUUAAAAAUCCCAAAUGAGAGGAGGCAGAUCAGUUGGCCAUAUACAAAUCGCACCCAAGGAGUUGAACCUGGGGCAACCGAGAACAAACCCAGAGGGUAGCAAGGCUUGGGGCUGGGACCCGGAACCUGCAGAUUUAAAGCCCAGUGCUCUAACCACUCGACCACAUGGCCUCCAAUAGGAUUGUGCCCCUUACAUCCUUUCCCAAGACCGUCCCUUUGGCUAUAACUGAUAAAUUUAGUUGCAUCCACCACGGAUAUAUUUUGGAGGAAGGCAUUUUUAUCUGGACAUGACGAGUGUACAGGAAAAGCACUUAAUCAGAACGUGGCUAUGGCUGAAGGUAGACUCCAUUUCGUGAAGUAUUGAGACUCUUGGGCAAACGAAAUUAACUGUUUCUUGGAGGAACAGACAAAUGUGUAUCAAGGAACUUUUUAAACGCAACUCGUGUCUCUGUAAAGAUGAUUUAAGGCUGGGUAGGACAAGAUCGAAAGUUGGUCGAGAAAACUGGUGCCAUCUCCUCUACCAAUCAAUUGUAAGACCAAGGCUAAUCCCAACUUAGUCACUCGCGUUUUUCCGCGCUUCAGGCGGAUUGCUUGUUUUUUCUUUGAGUUCUCGUUGUGAUUACUUUGGUUUUGGUUUUUCGACACUCAUUUGAAAACUGCUCAUGUGAAAUUAGCCAGAAUUUUUUUUUUGGUGAAAGAGUCAGCUAUCACCUUUUUGCAAUUAUUGUAGAGCGCUGUGGAAGAAGUAAAUCGCCGGAAUGUGAGGAUGAUGAUGUCACAAUUACCUAUUGACCCAGUUAACCCAAUACUGGUCAUUGUAGUGAAAAGGGACAGUAUUGUUAGUGACACACUGACACAGAUCAUGAAAUGUGGUCCGUAUGACUUGAAGAAACCUCUCAAGGUAUGCUGCAGAACUUUACGACUAACUUUGUUGAUUUAAAGCCUGAAAAAAAAGUUAUUUAGUAGAUUUAUCGCUAUUUCGAAGGGUUGGCCAAACAUCCUUCGGUGUCCGCUGCAUAUCGUUCAUCCACCUUUCGAACUACUGGAGCCUGGGGCUUAGCUUUGUAGUUACUUUAGAGAAUGAAGCCUUUAAACCCAAAUGAAUUUCCAAUGCUUUUCAGUCCCGCCUCGUAAGUUGUGGGAGUUUUCGUUUGGCUAUUGCGUUUUGUCGUUUUUCCUUGAUAUGUCCAACAAAAUUUAUUUCAAAAUUGAAAAUUAUAGUUACAUUCGUGUGCAUAGAUUGACUAAGUGAGUUAAUGAGUAUGUCGUUUGAUCCUCGUAUGCACCUGUAAAACUAAAGCCUUUGGCUGGCUUUUGAAACAACCGGUAGAAUCAUAAAAACCGAUAAGGCUGGUCUCGUAAGGAAGUCAUGAAAACACGAUAAACGAUACCUUAGCCUGUUCCCAGCGUUCAGUUAGUAAAACGAAGCGUUAUGGUAAACGGCGUGAUAAUAGCAGAAGAUUUGAAAAGCGAGAGAGAUUUGGGUCGGUUCGCGCAAUGAACGUGACUCGAUCCAAACCUUCAUUUUCGCUCUAAAGCUACUGAUAUCGCACCUGUUCACACUUUCGCUCCGUUCUACUAACCGAACACUUAGAAAAGCCUGAUGAGACUGCCUCACUAUUUCCUCCUUUUUUUGGCAGGUCGUGUUUCAUGGUGAAGAAGGUGUUGAUGCUGGUGGUGUAAGGAAGGUAAGGUGUCCUAACACUUUUAUGAUCAGACAUUGUUCUCAAACAUGAUUUGGACGGUGGACGCUCUCGCAAGUGGAUGUGCUCGUAAUUCAAAGAUGUUUUCCAGUGUUUAGUACAAAAACGGUCCUCAUAAGUGGACUCUAGGUCAGAGGUAUAAGUGAAAGAUGACCUUUUAGAAGAGCACGGUCUGUAAAAAAUGUUUCAAACCUCAUUUGUAUGACAAUAAAACGAAUACUGGAGUAUUAGGUGGUGAUCGAUGCACCUUGAAAUCACUGCGAUGCAGAGGGUUAUGAAGAUGAUUGAUUACAUCGAGUUAAAUUUCCUGGUUAAAUUUCCUGGUUAAAUUUCCUGGGUGUUUGUUCCCCAGGUGUCUGCUUAAAAGAGUUUUACAACAACGAGAUAAAAAUGUUUGAAAGCGACCAGCGCCACUUACGGGAAUAUGUAUAUACAGGGUUUGUAUGAAGUUCAAACGGUGUUCAGUGGAGGCAGUCGGAAGACGAAUUUACUUUCGAGAGUGUCCGUUGUAAUAGCGUCCACUUUAGCAUUCAUGUUUUUACAGUAAAGCGUUUCUUUUGUAGUUUCUGUGUCUAACAAUCAAAUUCUGAUUUCUUUAGGAAUUUUUCUUGCUGCUUUUGACGGAGAUCUUGGACCCCAAAUAUGGAAUGUUUACCUACAUUGAAGAGUCUCAGACCAUUUGGUUUAAUGAUCUGGUAUGUGUCUUACUUAAGAUCUCUACUAUUAAGGAAUGUUGGUGACCCAAUGUUUCUUUGAAUUCAGAUUUCGGACCCGUAUAACGUCACUCUUCUUUUAAGGGGGUAGGGGGGGCGGGGGGCGGGCGGGGGGCGCUCAAUUAUUCUUAAUUAAUUAUUCUUUUACAGUCAGAGGAGAGUGAUAGAGUAGAGAGUUUGUGACUAGCAUAUCGUUCUGUGUCACUCGUGUUAACGGCAAAGUAUUGUUCCAGUGGCAUUACUGCGAAGACUUUAAAUCAAGGCAUUGCUAGAAGGUACACUGCUGAUUUGCCAAAUGAUAUUGUUUACUGAUUGCUUCCCUCUGUUGUUGUAGUCAUUUGAAGAAAGUCCAAUGUUCCUGUUGAUUGGUGUCAUCUGUGGAUUGGCCAUAUACAACUCUACUAUCAUUGACCUCAGAUUUCCUCCUGUUUUGUAUAAGAAACUUUUAGGCAGGUUAGAAUAACGCUGUGCUCGGUUCAUGGAAGGCACUAUGUUUUGUCAAUGUCAUUUAAACCCUCCCUUACUCUCAAAAGUGAUUAACUUGUGAAAUCUAAUCUUUUUCGGCUGUGAUUUUUUUACCAUACUCUUAAGAAAGUUUUAGCAAAAUUAUUGCAGACUUUUGUUCAAACUUUUUGCACAAGAGUAUUACUAUCUGAUAACUAUCAAGGUGAAAAUUUCAAAUUCUAAUUGUGUCUGCCUGAUGCAACCGUUACAUCGGAUAGACUCCUUUUCACUUUUCUUAAACCUGAACGCCUUUUAAAUCGCUAUUAAUCCUUUCGUGAAGAAACACUUCGAAGACUUGCUAAACAUGCUUCUAGCAGCAGAGUGUAAGGCCAUUGGGGAUGUGGUAUGUCUCAAUAACACUGCCUUUUAUCACUGCUCAGUUUAGCUCCCCAAGAAUAUUAUUUAGAAUUACUAGUGUAUUCAUGAAAACUUUUGCAUAAAUUUUUAUAGGGUAAACAUAUGUUUUGUUGUCUUUUUUGACUUUCAUAAACGUCUUUGUGUUUACGUUCUGAGUUGUGGUGCAUUUAUUGUCUCGACAACCUUUCCAAAACAGUUUAGUUUUGUAUACUUAUAUUGUGUGUUGAUAUUACAAGAAAAAAAUGACGGUCACUUUUCUUUUCUCUUUUCUAUCAGGAAACCUAAUCUUGAUGACUUUAGAGGUUUUAAACCAGCAGUUGCCAAGUAAUUAAAUUUCCUUGUAGACUAAAGGAGUUUUCUAUAAUAAUGCACUAAGGAGAUUUACGCCGACGGGUAAAGGUAUCGCUAAAAGGUAUACACUCAGCCACCGUUCACAGCCAUAGCCAGUGAACAGAAAUAAGCGCAUAAUUUAAUUUUUCAUGUAGCCUCAAAAUAAGGCGGGAGUCAGUUAUUUGGGGAUUUUGUGGAUAGUCUUCAAUUGUUCAGUUUAAACCCAUCUGUUUUGUACUACAGGUAAUUUAGUGUUAACAACUGGGUUGAAAACGUAAAUUAGCCACCGUAAAGGGUAAAAAAGUUGACGUUUCGAGCGUUAGCCCUUCGUCAGAGCGAAGGGCUAACGCUCGAAACGUCAGCUUUUUUACCCUUUACGGUGGCUAAUUUACGUUUUCAACCCAGUUGUUAACACUAAAUUACCUGCUAUACUCUCCCACCGACGCAGCACCACAGUUUCUUUAGAAACUUACCCCUUUAUGUUUUGUACUACAACUCACAUGAUCACCUACGGAUCAUUUGCAGUGUAGCUCCUGUCCCUUUUACUCCUCAAGCAAGGAAACUUGAAUUUGAAUUUGCCAACAGUGUGUUCCAGUAACGAUAAGAACUUUCACGAUUGAUUGACAGGAACCUUGAGUAUUUGUUGGAGUAUGACCAAGCAGAAGGAGACCUGGCGGAAACGUUUGGACUCAAUUUUCAGGCAAGUUAAUAUAGUUUGGGUUGCAUGUGGAUAUGUUAUUUUUCCUACCACAUUCUUUACAAGUUUUUGUGACUGGUACCAUUUCCCUAAAUGUCUUUACAGCUAUUAUGUGCUGAAUACUCUCUCACCUGUGUGUUGAUUCUCCUAACUUAUUAAUAAGGUUCACUCUGAAAGUUAAAACAAUUUUCAGUUGUGUCGAAAGUGAUCCGCCAUUACUUUGGCUUACUUUUUGGCUUUGCUCUGUGAUUGGUCAAGAAAACUCGCGCCAUCCUUUCAACCAAUCAGUUGCAAACUAAAGACGAUCGUAGCUUGUUCAUUGGCGUUUUGCCGCGCUUCAUGGAGAUUGCUUUUUUCACUGUAAGUUCUUAUUGGGUAAUGAUAACUCAAAGAUCUGUGUUAAAACUAUGUUUUUCGACCAGUCACCUGCACAACAGAAAGUAAAUUAUAAUGAGCUGUUUUCUAAUUUUUGCUCAGGUUGUACGUGAGAAGUACGGAGCAUUAGAAUAUAUAGAUUUGAUUCCAGAUGGAGGAAAAACUCCAGUCAAUCUCGAGAACAGGUGCGAUGACCAAAACCCCUUAUUUUUAAGCCUUUGAUCCCUAAAAGUAAAUAGCAUUUAAGUUCUCUUUACAGUAUGACCCCUAAAGCAAACACUAAGGUCACGAAAGUAGGGGAAAUGAUCACCAAUGAAAGAUACUCCUGGUUGUUAAACAAAUUCUCGUUGUCAGCACCUUAGGAAAUGUAGAGAACUGUUUGGAGAAUAAGCUUACUGAUGUGAAAGUGUAAGAAGAGAUAUAGAGAAAUAUUUGAGUGCAAAGUUCAACGCGAGAACGUUUUUAAAAUAUAGAAAACUUCUAAAAAUUAUGAAAACGUUCGUAAGGCGUAAAGUCACAUAUACUAUGCGUUACUGCAAAGUAUAUGUGACAUAAGAAAAAGACCAUCCCUCUCUUUCGAUACUCAAUCUGUUUUCCCAUCGUGUCGUAUCGUGCAGUUUUAUUGAAAUGGGGUAGUGGUUUGCUUUAAUGUUAUGAAUUGCGGUAGAUCAAAUUGUCUUGUCUUGUUACGGUAUGAUAUGCUGUAUAGUGUUGUGUGUGGAAUUUUUCGUUUGUAUUGUUCUGUUGAGCACGUUUCGCAUCAUUUGGUUUUUUUUUUUUUUCCUGUGGCUAGAGUGCAGUAUGUGGAUGUGUAUAUCGAUUAUUAUUUGAACAAGUCAGUCGAGAAACAGUUUGAGGCUUUUGCUCAAGGAUUUCAUCGGGUGUGUGGUGGAAAAGUCAUGGUGGGUGCAAGUGCUGCUCUGUUAAUACCGUUUUUUUUUCUCAUAAUUAAGUAAUUGACCGCACUUUUUGUCGGUUAUCAAAAAUCACGCGUGGGAGGCGAGUGUUCUCCCGACUCACAGGUGGGUUAUUACAAAUUGCGCUCUAUUACUUUUAUGAAGUAAACUUAAAGGUCUGACUAUAUGAACAAAGUUUAGCCGUUGUUUAGCAAAACCGCAUCUUAAACAAUACUCAAUCAAGGUCAACCUUCCAUCUGAACAUUUAUUAUUGUGAACAGUGUCAAAAGGGUCGGAAGCUAACAGUGGCAGGUCGUUUAUUAAAUUGAAUAAACCCUUUUUUAGAGAAUACCUGAGGCCUACUGAUUGCGUGAAACCGUGGUUUGAGUUAGACCUUGUGUAAAUAACCAGCCUAAAGGGUUUACCUGUGCGAUAAACGAUAGCUUUCAGACCAAUUAGGGUUCUCGUAAUAUCUCAGCUAUGUAUUAUAACAUAUCGCUUGUUAGCAUUUACAAUGGCUCGUUGUGGACAAUGCCUUAAUUUAGCAUGAAAGUCAGGCUUGCCUUUUGUCACUUAUUUGGACAUCUUUCUGAUCGUUAUAGGAGUUUUUUCAUCCGGAGGAGUUAAUGCAGAUGGUGGUAGGAUGUCAAGAUUAUGACUUCAGGGAACUCGAAAAGGUAAUAGAACAUACAAGAUAAAAGGAAAAGAGACUGAAGAGUAGUUCAAAGGACACGGGGAAGUUUUUUUAGAGUUAAAAGAACACCUGGGUGCUGUGCAUUCGAACAACCGCCCCACUCCAGUUAUAGCGUUUCGCCGAGUGGCGUGUUCCCUUCGCUCCGCGCGUUACUCUAAUGUUGUUUAAGUUAAAUGGAUAAGAUUUUCUGUCGUUGCGUUCUUACCCACAGUGUUCAGCUCCUUUUCUGGAUUCCCUAUCAAACAAUAUGUAACUUUAUUUCAUUUCCAUUUUUCAGGUAGCAAUGUACAAAGGCGAGUACUUCAAGGGCCAUCCUAUUAUCAGAAACUUCUGGGGAGUUUUCUUUGACUUUCCGUUCAAAAUGAAGAAAAAGUUCCUUGGUGAGUUUUUGUAUCAGUGAGACUGAGCCAUCAAAUCGCGGACGAGUCAUGGGAUUGGUUUUUAUUCCUUUACAAGACUGACCAAUAAAUGCAGCCUUUCUGAAAUAGAUGGUAACAAGAAAGUAAGGAAGAGGGUGACCGAAUUAAUGAAGCACAUAUACAGGGGAUUGUUUUGAAUUUGCCUGUGAGCUCCAAUCUCUUCACAUCACAAAAGCAACUUUUCACCAAGCUGAGAUUGUAGAGAAAUACUAACCUCCUUUUCUGGGUCAGUCUGGCCUCUCGGAUUUGUAUGGCCAUAAAUCUGAGCAAGAACAACGCGUAACAUAUUUUUGUAUUUCACUCUGGAUUCAAAUAGAGGGAGACGAUUCCUAUUCAAGCAAACUUUUGAACUUAGCGGGCCACACAGUGAAAUACGGCCCGCUAAAUGAAGCAGCAUGGAGCACGUGCUAACUUAGAGAUAUAAUAAAACGAAAUAUGUGUUACAUUUGUCUGAAUUCUAUCCUUCAGCUUUCCUAACAGGAAGUGACAGAGUACCAAUUUUGGGAAUGAAAUCCAUGAAGGUAUAACUAAUCUCGUAAUAUUUUCAUUAUUUCUUUGCUGGUGAUCCUGAAGUUGAUUACUUUCAAGGCCAUUACAAAAUAAUUUAAUAGAGUGAUAUGCUGAAAUACUUAAACGAAAUCUGUUGAUUUAUUAGAAUUUAGCUCAGCAAUCACAACACUUUAGAUAAUUGUUAUCAAUUGACCCAUAUAUAAGAUUUCACGAGUUUGGGAGUUAUAUUCAAACAAAGUCACUCAUCCUGAAUGAUGUAUUCUCUGUAUAUCUUUUUUAAAAACAGAUCAUAAUUCAGCCCGUAGCUGGAGGAGAACAAGGAGAUCACCUUCCUGUGGCACACACGUGCUUCAAUUUGCUGGACUUACCGAGAUACUCAACAAGAGAAAUGAUGAAAACAAAACUCAGCCAAGCAGUGGAGUACUCAACUGGCUUUGGGCUUGCGUAAAAAAUUAUCAGUCAUUAUCCUGCAAGUAAACUUAUUCCUGGCUAUUCCUAGAGGGGAGUAUAGCUUUAAACCUUAAUAUGUGUUGAAAGAAGAGUGAGAUAAAAAGCGUCUGUAAUGAUCCAAACGACAGCGAAAUAACAAACUUACCGAGGUUGCAGUCAUGCAUGCUCUUUCUGAUGUCAAUGGUGCUUCGUUGGCAAGCAAAAAAACGUGAGAGUUCCUCGCCAAGCCACUUGAGGAUUUGCGAUUUGUUACGCAGAAAUGGAAAACCGCAGGUUGUAUGGUUUUCAGCGUUGCAAAAUCGCGCUGGUCACUCAAAAGGUGUUUGUCAAGAACCUGCAGGGUUAAAAGCUCGCUGAGGCAAAAUACGAAGUGACGAGUAUCAUGGACUUGUAAGACUUGCCUGCGGCUCUCAACGUCUUGAAUUUGUCAGUUGUUUGAAGGCAACUGUUGACUCUGUGUUCUUUUUACUGAAGUGUGGAGGUGAUUUUUUUGUUUCGCUUUUCCAUACACCAGGAUUUGGGAGCGCUAAGAAAGAAAUUCAGCUCAAUGCUCUGAUAAUUUGAAUUAUCCGUGCAAUAGGAUUUGUAGGCAACGAGAAAAGAUCUUAAAAUUAUUUUUGACAUGUUAGAUGGCCUUUUUCUACUAGGUAACACAACUUGAUCUCUGGUAUGUGGGUUGGUCAUUUGAAGGAAAGGAAACACAGGGUGAAUAGUUUUUUGGACGAGUUUGUCGGACAAAACCGCUUCUAAUGCUUCCUAAACAAUUUCUGUGACUCAUUAUUUUUGUUGCUACAGACGUGGCUUAAAUUCAAACCAGGUGUGAUGUUUGCGAUUUAUUCCGGGACCACUCUGAUACCGAGAAUUCUCGAGAUUCUCUUUAUACUCGAAGCUAAUGUUUUAGCGACUUGUCCCCGGCGCGUCAUGUGGCAGUGAAUUUUACCGCCCACCGUAUUCUAGCCUUUAGAAAUAAUUUUAGAUUUGUUAAUUAAAAGGUUUUGGUGUAUAAAACUUUUGAAAUAAAUACGAUUCUUAAAAUCUGGGAACCGGGUAUUCUCCUUUUUGUCUUUUUGUGGUUCAUAUCUAAGACCAUCGGAAAGGCUGUCUGUGUGUCGUUAUCUCAAAUCGCGAUCUACGCGAAAUUGAUGAUGCACUGAAGCUGGUAAUGGAAAUCUCGCCUCUAAGCAGCCGAAGAGACAAAAGCAACCGCUAAGAGUGUAAUCCGGUGUCUCCGAAAGAUUGGGAAUGUUUCCACGCAGAAAAUGUUUAAAUGUAAUCUAUACCCUUAAAUAUUUCUUUAAAAUCAUUUAAAAAUUGUAGAAUAAAACGCAC